GCGCUGAUCCUCCAGACCUUUCGCACGGCCUUGUCGUCUGCCGGACCGACACAAUCGCAUGUCUUGCUCAUAGCAUCACCUAUCACGACCACGACUCUUCUACGAGUGCAUGAUAUAGUAGUGUUGGGAGCUUGGGUGUCGAUAUCCACCAAGGUGGAUCAUCGACAAGACGAAUAGACAUGAUGGCUAGCAUGCCUGGAGGCCCGGCAUUUCAUCCCGGAAUGCCACAGGGAGUUCAGCCUGGACAUGCCAUGGCCCCUGGUAUGGCUCACAAUCCAAGCCAACCCGGCGCUCACCCGGGUAUGGCUCCCCAGAUGGCCGGUCACAUGGUAUCUGGCCCUGGUGGACAACCCAAUCCCGCCGCCUUCAUGCCUGGAAUGCAUCCCGGCAAUGCACACGGUCAGGCUAUGCAGCAGCUAAACCCUCAGUUCCUCCAACAGCAACAGGCCCAGCAGGCGCAGAUGAUGGCCGCUCAGCAGAACCCGGCCAUCGCGGCGCAAAUGCGACAGCAGCAAAUGGUCUUGCAACACCGACAGCAGCAGAUGGCUAUGCAGCAAGCAGCACAGCAAGGCAUGUAUGGCAACAUGGCAGGAGCAAAUGGAAUGCCCAUGGGACAGCAGAUGGGUCAGAUGCAACAGAUGACUGCCCAGCAGUUUGCUCAGAUGAGGAAUAAUAUGCAGGGCGGGAUGCGACCUGUUGGCGUCCCAGCGCAUCUUCAGCAAGCACAGAUGGCGGCACAGCAGGGACAGCACCCUUCCCACCAAGCCCAGCAGCAAGCUAUGAUGCAACAUCUCUUGCAGCAACAGCAGCAGCAGCAGCAUCAGCAGCAACAGCAGCAGCAGCAACAACAACAGCAGCAACAGCAGCAGCAGCAGCAGCAGCAACAGCAGCAGCAGCAACAGCAACAGCAGCAACAGCAGCAGCAGCAGCAGCAGCAGCAACAGCAACAGCAGCAACAGCAACAAAUGCAGCACGCGAACCAGCCCGGGCAUCCGGCGCAUAUGAACCCGCAACAGCAUAUGAUGCAGCAGAACGCUAUUGCUCAGCAAAUGGCCACUUUGGCUCAGCAACAACAAGCUCAACAAGCACAACAAGCUCAGCAAGCCGCCCAAAGCCAACAGCAGCAACAGCAGCAACAUGCCGCAGCAGCUGCUGCUGCUGCCGCCCAGCAAAAUCAAUCCCAAGGACAACCACCGCCAGCUCAACCUGCGCGAGUCGGGACGCCAGCCCAACCCACGACGCAACCACCACAACAGACACCUACCCCAGCUGGAGGCCAACCAAGUCAGCCGCCACCCCAACCCACAAGCACAGCACCAGCAAGCCAACCUGGACAACCAGCACCAGCGCCGCCAGGACCACAACCCAAUCCGCAGCAACCUCAACAACCUCAGCAGCCUAAUAUCCAAAUUCUUCAGGCAGCUGCCCAGAACCAACAGCAGAAGCACUACCUGCAGCAGAUGCAGCAACAGCAACAACUACAGAAGAAUGAAAACAAGAUGAAGGGACAAUGUAUACUUGUGCUUGUAUCCUUUGCGGACCAUCUUUAUGAUUUUGAGCCUUCCGUCGAUGGUGGCGACGAAAAUUACUGGACAACAUUUGUCUCGCUCUUUUUUUCGCCUAUUGGCAAGUUUCGCUAUGGGUUGGUAGAAAACAGCCAAGAGUCUACUCAGAAGACAUACGAGAUACUCACGCCUGCACUCCCGAAAUAUUUUCAGAAGCAUUUUGAAGGUGGGAUAACACACAUUUCACUGACGCUCGGCUCCAAAAUUGUCGAUAAAAGUCUACCGGAUGGAAGUCACUACCUGGAACUUCAUGAAGCAUGCUUUACCUAUUCGUUUGGAGAAAGCACCAAGGUUUUGACCACCGGACGACUACAGGCCAUCUUCGACCAGAACCAGAGAUUAACACUGUUCGAAUUCACUACUAUUCAUCAGGAGGAGUACGUGUCUCGACAGAUGGUCAUUGCAGCUGCUAAGCCGAUGCACAACUGGGGUAAAGAAUGGCACGCUAUGAAUGGCGGAGACGGGAAACAGUCCCCCGAGAUGAGCAAGAAGGGCAAGUCCAAAAGCUUGAAAUCACCCCCAACAGCUCCACCUGGAUUCGACAUUCCUCAUUCUCGGGUUCAACAAAUGGGUGUACCUUCGACGAUUUUCCAGUACCUCGAGAUUGCAGAGGUUAUGAAUCUGCUUGACCCCCUCAUGGAGUACUCGAUGCAGAACAACAUACCUUCCGCAUACACGGCCUUGUCUGCGUACAAUAACCAGAACAUCACCAAUGGACCCGUACAGCCCAUGAUGAAUGGGCAACCUGGCAAUGUGACAGGCAAUCCUCGAACUCCAAGUCUCGGCCAGUUUAACAUGGGAGCUUCGCCUGCAGCAGUUCAUCAGCAGCUUGGUGGCUCACCGCAUAUGAGCGCGAGCCCUGCUCUCGGCCAUAUGCAGGCUCCAGGCAUGGCUCUACAGCAGAGUCAACAAGGCACCAGCUCAAGCGGACCCAGCGCCAACACUAGCCCAGCUAGCAACAAGCGCCGAAGGCCGUCGGGUGUCAAGAACGAGGACGAGAACGGUGCUCCUACCCCGGCAAGCAUGGGCGGACCGGCUCAAGUGAAUGGCAUUGGCAACAAAACCAAACCUGCGACACCUCGGAUUCAGAAGCGCAUGAAAGGCAGCUCCUAGGUUCGGCUGCCGCUGCUUGUCGAAGGCCAGUCGCAAUUAUGAUUAAAAAUAGGCGAUUGCUUUGAAGCUCGGGUUUUGGUUGUCUUUCCAUCAUGUAUAUGGCGACGGAGUAAUAUCGGGGGUAUUGAUUGGUUAUACGGCAUACCCCUUUUUGUACGAUAUCAUCUAUCACGGACGAAUUGGGCGUCGGGCGUCCGCAUCUUUGCUGGCUUGUCCUUUUUUCCGUCAGUACUACUCAUUUUGC